AUGACGACCACUCAAGCGAAGCAGAACCCGAUCAUGACUGGACUCGGAGCCGGCUUCGACAUGUUUGAUCGCAUGCCUCUCUGGCAGAAACGGACCGCUGGCUAUGCCUGGCUAGGCCUCACUGCCUUCGUUUUUCGGCGGGCUCACUUGGCCGGCGUAUUGCUGCCCCUGGUCAAGCCGGAACCGCUCACCCGCCGGAUGAAGGUCUGGAGUACUGCCGCUAUUGGAAUAGGCAUUUUGACACACAUACCCGUUGGUCUGGUCCUGGAGAGUGCACCUCAUCCCGGCGAGACUUUGGCGGACUUUCUUGCUUCCAGGAAACCCCGCGUCGUCGCCUGCGCCACUUUGGGCCUCGGCACCUUCAUCCUGCGCCGCGUCAACCUCAUUGGCGGCAUCCUCCCGUGGUCUUAUCCGCUUCUCAGUCGCAUCGGAGAUGGUUUCUGGCUUGCUGCGGCUCUAGGCUAUGCCGGUCAGUGGCUUGCCCCCCGCCUGGCCCCGGCACCCGCGCUGAUCAUGAUCCAUCCAGCCUUCCUGCCGUACCAGCUCCGCCGUGCUCUGCAGGCCGUCCCUCACCCCGGGGAGUCGCUGUAUGAUUUCCUAGCAUCCAAACGUAUCAAGGCAUCCACAAUAGCCCGCGAUGUGUCCUUCGGGGCCAUACUCGCACUCAUCUCCGCCAAGCCUCUCGCUCAACUAGGUGUGUUCCGGUAUGGCCGCCUUCGCAAUGCUGUAGCAGGGCUAGCCUUCGCCGGGUUCUGGGCGACGGUACACGCCACGUUCCUCAGGGGCGAGACGACCUGGCAGCACCACUUUGGAGAGAUGGAGGACGCGCAUAGAGGCUGCGCGCGGUUUGGCGAGUAUCAGGAGCCAUUGCGGAUUGCGGUGCCGAUCGAGGCUAAUUUUCCGAUGUUGGCGUUGAGGGUGUACAUUUGA